CGAGCAGGACAGAUCCGCACUGGCCAUGGAUACCCUGGCGCUGCGGCUGCACUUUCUCCCGCUGCUGCUGCUGCUGCUGCUGCUUUGUGGUGGGUGUGCCCGCGUGUGUGGCUGCAAUGAGACAGGGAUGCUGGAGAGGCUGCCCCGCUGCGGGAAGGCCUUCGCUGACAUGAUGCACAAGGUGGACGUCUGGAAGUGGUGCAACCUGUCCGAGUUCAUUGUGUACUAUGAGAGCUUCACUAACUGCACCGAGGUGGAGACCAACAUUGUGGGCUGUUACUGGCCCAACCCGCUGGCCCAGAGCUUCAUCACUGGCAUCCACAGGCAGUUCUUUUCCAACUGCACUGUGGACAGGGCCCACUGGGAAGAUCCCCCGGAUGAAGUGCUCAUUCCACUCAUUGCAGUGCCUGUCUUGCUGACCGUGGCCAUGGCUGGCCUGGUGGUGUGGCGCAGCAAACGCACUGAUCAGCUGCUGUGAGGGCUUGCCAGAUGGAAGGCCAUGCCUGGCAAGCUGGAAGAAAGUUCCUCAAGGCUGCAAGAGCUAGUGGGUACCACCUUGGGUCUGCUGUGGCCACAUCCCACCAAGCCAUGGCAGAGUCCCCCCUGCCCAGGCUGAUGUAGCCCCUACUCCCUGGCCUGCUGCCUGGCUGGGCCUUGGGCUGCCCAUACAAGUGAUUCACUCUUCCUUGGGCUAUCAGAAGAGCGUGACAAGACUCAAGCUUGCAUGCCAGGCAGUGGAAAUGUGAACCCUGCACUCCCUAGGCUGGGUUCUCUGGUCUCUAGCCAUUUCUUAGCAGAGUCUUAUCCAGCUUCAAACCAAGCCCCAGGCCCUGAUCCAUCUCUAGCUCUGACCCUGACCCCUGCCAUACCCAGGCACAGAGGGCAGCCAAGGUCUUCUGGAAGAUAUGGAACUCUGAGCCCUUCUGCUGGAGAGACCAAGUAGAUCCACUGUUGGACAUGGACAGCUUGGGGACUGGGGAAUGAAGGGCAGACCAGGAUCAUCAGGAGCCACAUGUAGACCUGUAGAUCUGCCUGUCUUCUGUCUGUUCCACCAUGAUUCUGUAACCAAUGUGGGAUGGAUCUGGGGGCUUAGCCCUUCAUAGGGACCUACCCUGCAGGUAGGUGUGGGCUUUCUCCUUAAGAUAGCUCCCUGGGGGCAAGGCACUCUCUGGGUGGAGUCUGUGUGCUCAAGUGCUCUGUCUGCUGCUGUCUGUCCUUUCUCUGAGUAAAGUCUCCCAACACCUAG